AUGGUGGGGAGCCCUUCACACCAUCUCAACUCGGGAGCGCAACUCGACAGCACGGCGCCCUCAACGGAAGGAAGGGGAAAGGGCGUCGCGUUCGCCAGCGAUGAGGGCAGCGCUCAAAGAAAACGGGCGGCCUACGACGAGCGCGCGCGCACCACAUCCGUCAGCUCUGAAGACUCGGAGGGCUACGAGCACGUGAACACGCUGCUCUCUGCGUCGUCGAUUGCUAAUACCGACACUAUCUCCUCGUCAGGCCACUCGACGGCUAUGACAUCCGCCACUACCUACGACGAUCGGCCGAAUGACGAUACGCCCAUUGCCACUCCGUCCUAUGCGGCCCCCAGCCUUACCCUCCUCGAACUCGUCUCCAAUACUGCGUCCUCGUCCGCGCUCCCUGAUAGCUUCGAUGUGAAUGUGUCACGAAAAGGUGGAUAUGUUGCGGUAUACUCGGCGUCGAAUCUGUUCUUGGUCAAGACCGUGCAGCUGCCGCGACUAUGGGCAAGGACACUGCAGGUCAAGCGCAAGCCGGUCGCAAUCGAUAUUACUGAAGACGGCUUUCUAUUGGCCGUGCUAUCAAGACCUUCACAGGUCGAUCUAUACGAGAUACACGGCGAGGGCGAUAAUCAGAUCAAGAAGAGGCGGACCAUCAUGCUGGUGCACGAGGCUAGCUCUAUCGUCAUAUCACCGGACGCGCGCAUCUUAAUUACGGGCAACAAAUUCGGCAUCGAAGUUAUUGCCAUUGGGCCAGAAGUACCUGAGACGACACGGCGUACGCUUUCUGGACCCGCCGGUGAUGCAUUGGAGUUCUCCGACGAUGGUCGCACACUGCUCAUAACGGGGUAUGCGAGGAAGUCGGAUGGCUCGGCCUUGUUCGUUCUGCCAGGUCUCUACGAUGGUCCGCUUACAGAAGAGGGCGAGCCGAUUCCACAACCCCCGGAAGCUGCAUGGACCGGCUCGGUGCUGUUUCCUGAGACGGCAAGAAUAGCACGCCAAGCUACCCUGCUUCCAGAUGCCGACACCGGCACGUUCAACGAACUCUUCGCCUUCAACGCCGAAGAGGACUCAUGGGGCAUCUAUGACAUUGCAUGCCAACGCUUCACACAGAGGAAGAUGUUCCUACCGGAUCACGCGAGGUGGACGCGCUCGGAAUUUGUAGACGAUGCCAUGCCCGCAGUCUCUCCCAAUGCUGACCUUGCAGCUGUGGCCCUGCGGAUGCGUGGUACCACCAACAUCUGGAUUUACGAAGUACCAGGUUGGGAGUACAAGCCGAGCGAAAAGGCCAAGGUGGAUGCCCCGAUUCAGCCUUGCUUUUGCAUCCCCAUUCCGAACGACAAUGCAGGUACUUUGCAAGAAAUAUGCGUGCUCAGAUGGGUCAGGCUGAACGCCAAUGUGCAGCGACUUGUGGCGGUCGGCAACUCGAGCAUACUACCCGAUGAGAACGAUGUGCCUGGGGCGCCACUUGGUUCCAAGGGCGUUCUGAUAGUCCUAGAUUUCGACAAGACAAAGCCCCUGGGAAGCGCUCCACCGACGCCGCUCAAGACUGAAUACGACUUAGACCCCCUUUGUCCAGGCGAGAUGCUACCGGAAGGCUCGAUUGACUUUGAUCGCGAGGUGGAACUGUGUCGCACGAAGACCAUCGAGAAUUGGAACCACGCCUGUUCAGCGGGCGCGUACUUCUGCGAACCGAAAUGCGCCAAGACCACCACUGCCUUCCGAUGA